GACUGCUCUGGAAAAUACAAUCUGCGCCAAGAGAGGUCAUCUUCAGCAGAAACCUACUUCUUAGCUCUAUGCUGUAUGCGACCGCCGCUAUCCCUUUGACAUGGGACCAGGGCUCGGCCGCUUCUAUUUCCUCGCUUUCAAGCUUCCAGGAACAUUUUGGGAUCAGCUCCACCUCUGGCGCUAAUUCAACUAGAAACUUUGUAUCUCUGGUAUACAUUGGAGAUGCAGCUGGAGCUGCUCUAUCCUUUUUUAUCAACGACAAAGUCGGCCGUUUAUGGUCCUAUCGCAUAUACACCAUUAUUUGGAUUAUCGGGCAGAUCGUUGCCAUUUUUAGCCCUGGGUCAUCCGGGCUGUAUGCAUCUCGAAUCAUUUCGGGUUUAGGAAUAGGGGCCCUAAGCGUCACUGGUACUAUUUCAAUCGUCGAAAUAGCCCCUGUUGAGAUCCGUGGACUUCUGUCAGCCUGGUACUCAGUUUGCAUGGGAAUUGCGUUGAUGACAUCCACAUUCUGUGUCUAUGGCAUGGAAUUACAUAUUCCGAAAAGUCGCUUACAGUAUCAGGUUGUAUGGUUUUCGCCAUGCAUGUUUAUGGCAAUUUGGAUUAUAGCAAGUUUCAUGCUUUGUGAGUCCCCGAGGUGGCUUAUCAUGUCUGGCAGGGACGAAGAGGCGCUUCAAACUCUUGUCAAGCUCCGACAACUAUCAGAGGAUCACCCACGAGUUCAGGAAGAGCUGCAAGAUAUGAAAGAAUCUAUCCGAUCGCUCGAAGGAAUUGAUGAUUCUCAGGACCAAAAAUCAUUUCAAACCACCAGAAUUGCAAAAGAAACAUUUACGCGACCGGCAAAUCUACGACGCUCUCAUAAUGUACGCACUGCCCCAAAUUUCGGGCGGAAAAAUUCCGUCACGAACUAUUUUAUUCCGAUUUUGAAAGUUACAGGACUGGCAGGAAGCUCUACACACAAUCUGUUCCUCAGCGGAAUGUACACUGUCGCCAAGUUUGGCUUUAGCCUUUUAGCAAUAUUUUUAUUUAUCGAUGCACUAGGGCGACGAAACUCACUAUUUAUCGGAAUCACUCUUCAAAAGGCUUCUGAUAUAUACCUCGCUGUCUAUAUAAAAGUGCAACAAGACCAUGGUGCGUCUGAAGGUGCCAGUCAGGCAGGGCUUGCAGCCAUAUUCAUACAUGCCUUCGGAUAUUCGAUAGGACUCUUGACCCUCCCCUAUGUCUUCGGUGGAGAGUUAUGGCCUAACCGUAUCCGCUCUUUUGGUGCAGCAUUCUCGCAGACGUUUCACUGGUUGUUUCAUUAUGCGAUGACAUUUGCGCUGCCAUCACUUUUAGCCAGAGCAGAUAAUUGGGGCGCAUUUGUCUUCUUUGCUGCCUGGUGUGCCGCGGGAUUGCUCUAUGUCUACCUGCUGGUGCCUGAGAUUGCUGGGCUUACAACAGAGCAGAUUGAUGAUAUAUUCAGUGGGCCGUGGGUGGUUUCGGGCAGAGCAUCAGGAGCACGGGCAACAGAGUCUAUUCUCGAGGGCCAGGAUAUCGCCUAUAAGUCGUAA